GAUGAGACUGAGCCUGAGAACAGAGCAGCACUGACCGAACAUGGAGACUGGAACUCGAUCAUGGAAAAGAGUGGGCGCCAGGCUGGCAUCAAGGGACAGAGGAGACACAGAAGCACCUGCUUCUGAGUCAUCCGGCGGCCGCCAGGCAUCCCCACAGCAACCUCUGUCUCCACUGGUGCGGCUCUACAUCUAUGCCCUCCACGGCCUGCUCUGCGAGGUGGCCUUCACUGCCGCCUGGGACUGCUGCCUCACCCGCGACCCCCGCCUGCCCGGGCACACCAGCCUCUGGGCACUGCCCAUCUACGGCUUGGCCGUCUUCUUCGUGGAGGAGCUGAGCUUGCGGCUGAAGCGCAAGAGUUGCCCCCUGGUGGCUCGGCUGGCCCUCUACACGGUCCUCACCUACGCGUGGGAGUUCAGCUGGGGCUUCGUGCUCCGACUGCUGGGCGCGUGCCCGUGGGACUACUCCCAGUUCCAGUACAACUUCCUGGGCCUGGUCACGCUGGAGUAUGCCAUUCCCUGGGCCCUGGCAGCGCUGAUGGCCGAGACGCUCGUGGUCCACUACACAUUAAGGUUACGCCUGCAGAGCUGA